AGUGCGGGCUACUUUGGUUUCGAGUCCUUAGUCAGAUCGAAGCUGUCAUGGUAAUGGAGGUAUAAACACCGGAGUUGGGAAACUCAGCAAAGAUCGCGGAAGUGACGCCAGCUGUCGGUCACGUGACCGCGCCCCGAGUCACAUGAUGUCGACAAUAACAUCUACAAUCACCUCCAUUGUCUCUCCUGCAUUCACAACUUAGCCUAUUCUGCACCUACUGUUGUCGCCCAGCGAGUGUUUGAACAGAUUGGAUUGUUUUGUGCCUCCAUACAGACAACCAGGCUGGGUCCUCAGAGUCUCUUCACAUGGAGGUAGAGGAGAUGGAGGAGGAGAGACCUUCACCCCAGAGGGAACUUCCACACAAUGAAGAUCUGUCAGUGGAGCAGGAGCAGCAGUUGUUGGGUCUGGAGAGUUCAGCCCCUGAAGAGAACGUGUACGUGGAUAAGAAAGCAGUGGACAAGCUCGCAGUGGGAUUACUCUCUCACUACCUGCCGGAUCUACAGAACUCUAAACGAGCCCUCCAAGAGCUCACACAAAAUCAGCUGAUACUGUUGGACACACUGGAUCAAGAAGUCACCAAGUUCAGAGACUGCAACACCUUACAGGACCUUAAUUCCCUGUUUUCAGAAGCAAAGGUUUACCACAAUAAACUGGUGAACAUUAGAAAAGAGAUGAUUAUGCUUCACGAAAAGACGACAAAGCUAAAGAAAAGAGCGUUGAAGCUGCAGCAACAAAAGCAGAAAGAGAUGCUGGAGAAGGAGCAGCAACGUGAGAAGGAGCUGGAGAGAGAACGGCAGCUUAUUGCCAAACCUGCAAAAAGGACUUAAAAUCGCCAACCGUGUCUGCUGUGUUCAAGGACCAUACAGGUGGCGUUGCAUGUGUUAGUCUAUUAACCACAUAUCUGCAUAUAGUAGACUUUUGCACCAUUUUCCAAAGUGUAAAAUUAGAUGUUUAUGAUAGAAAACAUUAUAUUUAUGCCAUUACUUUGACAGAACAGACGUUGAAAAUCAGACAGGUAAUGGGGGUGUGACUAACAUUUAUGCUGUUAUAUUAUGAUACUUAUAACAUUGUGCUUGGGUGCAGUUGCUGUGAAGCGUUGCAUCAAUCAACACAUUUGAGCAAAAGUUUAAAAAAGUUGAACUGUUUGCCACUUAAUUCCUAUCUAAGGUGGUUUCAAGCAAUACAGACAAUUGUCCUUCUCUUGACUGUAAAUAAACGAAGCACAUCUGGAAGUGAAAACACAAAGUGGGUUUGCGUAAGUUGCAAUCUGUAACAUAGCUGGCCCAGCCUGCGAUGUAACAUUCAGUGGUACCGGGGACGAUUGCCCAAUCAUCAGAGGUGAAACUCCUGCAGGGUCUACCUGUCACUCCAUUGAGAGCUUCCACUCUAUGAAUCUAAUUUUAAAGAUUUUGAAGGUGUGAUAUUCAAGUCACUUCUUUCUACGUGACUGAAAUGAAUACAAAUUUACUGUAUAAUGUCUGAUUUUUAUCAAUAUUGUUUAGAGGCAUUACUUAAAAUAGGAUCAAAUUUAAGCUUGUUAACAGACGCUGAAAACAUCUGCAGGUUCCUUCUCAUGACUGUCUACACAAAUGAGGCACAGCUGGAAAAGGAUAACAUUUCUAAAACUGUCUUUUUAUUUAAGCAAUAUAAAGUUCAGUCAAGAAAUUAAAAAAACCUAUUAUGCACUUUGGAAAAUGGUUCACAGAAUAUUAUGAAUCUUAGUAAAUAGGUUAAAACAUGCAAGCCCUCUGGUCUGGUUGGUACUAUCUGAAGUUGCCAAGAUCACCAUAAACCAAAGACUUGGACUACAUCCUAAAAUGCUGGUUAUAACUACUAUCAACCUCUGAUGCACAGUUUUUGCACCACCCUGAGAUCAGAACAAAUUACUCCUGGACACUUUUGGAGCAUUCAGACAAUGGUCCAGGAGCAUCACUGCGUCUCCUGUCUUUUGUCAAAGUAUUAAUAAAUGUUGUUUUUGCUGG